AUUAGUCAUAUAGAAACUAAUCGCAGCACAGCAGUCUCAUUAUAUUUGCUUCGCCUACUGCGCUGGUGGUCAGUCAGUCACAUCGACAUAGUCCGGCGCGUCACAGCCUUCGCUCAGUGAUUGUUCUCUAAACAAGCCGAAUAUUAUAGUUUUUUUUAUUUGUUUAGAAUUAAAGUAGGGCCUACGCAAGCUAGCGUUGAGAAUAUAAGGAACAGAUCAUGAAUAUUUCUGAACUGCCACCAGAGUUGAUUGUAUUUUUUUUAGAUGAUGGAGAAAAUUUUUGCAUAUCUUACAUUCCGCGAGCGUCUUCAGGUAUCCCACACAUGCAAAUUAUGGCACGAGCUGAUAUUCUGCCCCCAGUUUUGUAAAAGAUUAUUCCUAUAUUUGAGGUCAUCAAAAGAUCUUGAGAAGCCUUACGCUAGGGAGAUGUUGGCACGUUGUCGUAAUAUAAUGAUAAUGCGCUCAAUUUACGAAGAUCCCCAGCUGCGGUUGUUGAAGGAUUAUAUGAAGGGAGCUUCGCUCAAGUUGCUCAAAAUAUGGGCAUCAAAUCAUACUGCCAAACGUCUCUUGGAGACGAUUUUAGAAGUCGUGCCGGAACUGAGAAAUUUGCAUCUUGUGCUGCUAGGAAGUUUGGACCAAUGUACUGAUGAAAUCAUACGAAUCACACAUCAAAAACUGAAACGUGCAGUGCUUAUUGGACAUGGAAAUUAUACAAUCGAAUGUAGUAAAUUGACUGUUCUGGAGACAGAUCAGGUAAAUGAGGAAAUGUUCCAAAGCUUAGGCUGUCUUCAAGAGCAACUGCAAGUCUUACAACUCAACGGACAUCGUCAUUCAUCCCACCGUGCUGCGUACAACGUUUUAUCCCAUUACCACUGGGACCAUUUGCGAGAACUUGAAUUGGACGGUUCAACUACUGACGAUCUAGAGGAAUCUCUUAAGCAAAUGCCUUGCUUGCAGAAAUUGAGCUUGCGCGGAUCUCAACAAAUUUUUACUGGAAAGGAAGUCGGAACACGCUUGUCGGAGCUAAAAUUGAGUGGAUAUUGCGUUGAUACGGAUUCGUUUAAUAGGUUUCUCACUCGUUCAUCCUUGAAGAGGAUUUCUCUGCUGGAGUGCACCUGUUGUUCUGCAGAAGUACCCCUGAAGUCAGAUUCUAUCAGAGAUUUAAUCCUCGACCCGAUGUUUCAAAAACGGCUGCCCCUGUUUCUGAGUUUGGAAAAACUAUAUCUAAAAGGCAGGGAUGAUACGGACUUUCAUCAUACAUUGUUGCAGAUAUGCGAAUACUAUCCAAAGCUGGAACGUCUAACCCUUUACGUGGGACCCGGACAAAUUGGAAUGAUGAGACCUACACCGGAUUCAACGAAUGUGACCGCUACAAACUCAUUUUCGCUCCUGAACAAAUUAGACAAACUGAAAGAUCUUCACCUAAAUCGAAUAGAUUUGACGGGAAUCGAUUGGACCAUUUGUGAAGGUAGCAAUGUGAACUACAUACACCUGAAAGGAUGCAGUAUAGACGGAACGGGAGCCGAAAAAAUAGUGCGAACCUUCAAACAUCUGCGAACAUUCUAUUUCGACUAUUGCUAUCUCCGACAACCACGUGCUGAUUUGUUCGACAUCGAUAAAUCCAGUACCGAUGGACUGCAUUGGUUGGCUCGAUACUGCAAGAUUUCCUAUCACGAUAUUCAUAUUGAAGAGCUGCUCGAGCUGAGAAUUCCUAAUAUACUCUUUUUAUAAAUCACUAAAUAAAUAUUUAUUCCUAAGAUUAA